CAGCAUCUUUUAGGGGUGGUGACAGAGCCACAGAGACGAGCAAGCGUUGGGGUGAGCCUCCAGCUAGAAGCAGAGGCACAGAAAGUGGCUGGAGGCACAGCUGGCAGGGCUCAUGAAUGGGGAUUCAGCAGCUGGAAAGAUGGCUUCCUCCACCUGUUCCAUUGGCCCCAUUGGCAGCCUGGAGCUCCUGGAUCUCCUGUUCGACCAGCAAGAAGGCAUCCUGAGACACGUAGAUCUGGGCGAGGACUGGGGCCAUAUCGGGGACCAGGCCCUGCCAUGCCCAGACUCUGAGGAUUUCCUCAACUGUAUCUUGGGUUCCGGAGACUCAGUGCCCAGCUCUCCGCUCUGGUCUCCUGCAGCCAGUGACAGCGGUAUCUCCGAAGAUCUGCCCUCCGACCCCCAGGACACCCCUCCACACAGUGGUCCGGCUGCCACUCCAGCCAGCUGCCAUACUGCAGAGUCUGGCAAGGGACCCGGCCCCUGCUACUGUCCUGUCCCCCCAAGCCCCGCCAGGCCUCCAGGCCCAAUGCCCCAAGUGCUCGAGGCCUCCGUGGCCAUAGACCUGGAAAUGUGGAGCCCGGGCCUCUAUCCUGAGGAGCAGGCUGAGCUGACAGACUCGCCCCCACGCUGCAACCUCACGGUGAAAGACCUUCUCCUCUCUGGCAGUGGUGGGGACCUGCAACAGCAUCACCUGGCAGCCCCCCACCUGCUGCGACCUGGGACUGGGCACUGCCAGGAGCUGGUGCUGACCGAGGACGAGAAGAAGCUGCUGGCCAAAGAAGGCAUCACCCUGCCCACCCAGCUGCCCCUCACCAAGUAUGAGGAGAGAGUGCUGAAAAAAAUCCGCCGGAAAAUCCGGAACAAACAGUCCGCCCAAGAAAGCCGGAAAAAGAAGAAGGAAUAUAUUGAUGGCUUGGAAACUCGGAUGUCGGCCUACACUGCCCAGAACCAGGAGCUUCAGAGGAAAGUCUUGCAUCUUGAGAAGCAGAACCUGUCCCUCUUGGAGCAGCUGAAGAAACUCCAGGCCAUUGUGGUCCAGUCCACCAACAAAUCAGCCCAGGCCGGCACCUGUAUAGCGGUCCUGCUGCUCUCUUUUGCCCUCAUCGUCCUCCCCUCCAUCAGCCCUUUUGCCCCCAACAAAGCCGAGAGCCCCGGAGACUUCACACCUGUGCGAGUUUUCUCCAGAACUUUGCACAACGACGCUGCUUCCCGUGUGGCCCCCGAUGCUACACCAGGUUCCGAGGCCCCAGGACCCCAGCCCGCGGCUGGCGCACCCCAGAAAGGGUCUCCAGGAAGCCCCAAGGUGGACUGGGAAUCCCAGGACAUGCUGGCUCUAGACAACUCGACAGAGGCACUGGAGAACUCUACCCUAGUUCCAGACAACUUGACGGAGGGCCUGAGCCGGACUACCCUGUUGGACUGGGCCUCGCCUGAGCCCGCACGCAGCCCAGGGCGCAUGGGGCUGGAGGCUGUGGGGGAGGAGCUGUGAACAGCACCCGGAUGUGCCCUCAGGCCCACCUGCUCAGGGGUGCUGCGGUGGGUGCUUCAGUGGUCAGUGACAGGUGCAGGAUCAGAGGUGAGGCGCAGACCUCUGCAGAGAUGCCAGGAUGCAGAUGCACAAACUCACACCUACACACACCCAGGGACCCAGACACACGCGCAGAAACUGACACUCAGACACAGGGCAACCAUAGGGCCACAAAGCCUGAGAAACACACACACAGACCGCCACAUAGAAGGAAACAGGCAGACACAUAGAGAGUGAUCCACAGACCCAGACAGACAGACACACACAACAUGCCUCAACUGCCCUGCCUGGGGUCUCCUCCGUUCCCUCAUACGCAAGGAGGGGGAAGCGGCCAAGACUGCAGGGAUCUUGGCCUCUGAGCAAGGGUUGAGCUCCGAACUUCAGGGGGA